UCUGUUACUACGACCAGCACAGAAAAUGUUCUUGCAACGAGGGGUUUACCGGGGAACAGUGCGAGUUGACCAAGUGUCACCAGGGUGCGGACUUCUGUCACGGCUACGGGUAUUGCUAUCGAGACCACGGUGGCGAUAAAUGUAAAUGUUUUGAUGGGUUCCUCGGAGACCGGUGUGAAAAGGAAAUAUGUUUGCGGAGUGAAUGUAGUAACAAUGGUAACUGUUUCAAGAUCAACGGUCACGUGACGUGUGAAUGCGAACAUGGCUACUUUGGACAUGUCUGUGCCAAUGAUCCUUGUAGCAACGUUACUUGUCAAAAUAACGGGACGUGUCACAAAAUGUCACAUGAACCAUUCUUCCAAUGCCGAUGUAACCAGGACUAUCGGGGACAAUUCUGUGAAGUUUACGACCCAUGUCAACACAACUACUGUAAAAAUGGAGGAACAUGUGUACAACAUGCGGAUGGCUCCAGGGGCUAUACAUGUCAAUGCCGUGACCAUUAUCUUGGAGAACACUGUGAAUUUCACCCCUGUUUAAACAUUCAUUGCCAAAAUGGUGGAUCCUGUGUACCGUUGGACGGUGGUAGAAGCGUUAGUUGUGUGUGCCCUCCGGAGUUUAUAGGCCACCAUUGUCAGUACACAACUACCACAACGACCACCACCACAACGACCACCACUACACCGCCUACUACGACUGCAUACAUUGGAUACCUCCACUGCAACAAGUACUCAACCGUGGCGGACCUCGCCCACACAGCACCAGUAACCAAUCAGAACGCGUCUGAGUGUGUACACUCGCAAAGUCACGCCUCCUCAGAAGCCCUGGUAAUGCAUGAUUGUAAUGUAACCACACCAGAUACUUGGCAAAAAGGAAGGAAGAUCGUUGGUAACUGUGCGUCUAUCCCAGCCUAUACUGCCAUUGGGACAUUUGCCAGUGACGCAUUCCCGACUGGACAGGGUCUUGCCGGGAUAUUUCUGGAAUGCCUACCCAAUGGAUUUAAGGUGGCGUUACAGACAUGUGACCACUCAUCUAAGAUAAUACAUAUCGAAACAGGAGGGGUUGGUUUGUUGGAUCCGAAAAUGUACUUCACCAUUCAGUAAACACUAACUCUCUGGGCUAAAAUAUAUAACUUCACUGCUGUUAAACCAUUAUUUGAUUUUGCUAGAUGCUAUCAUAUGCAAUAAAUUACACGAAUAUGGA